UCUAUAUUUACAUUAAAGAAAUUAUACCUUGACCUUUUCUUGGAUGAUUCUAGGAAUUGGGCUCCUGGGAAUCCCGAUAACUAUGAUGGCAUCGGAGAAGAUUGUGUUGAGAUGUAUGAAGGAGGGACAUGGAAUGACGAACAGUGUCUGGCCGCCAAUGCUUUUGUCUGCUCAAAAGGAUCAGAAGAAAUCCCCAAAUGUAACAUCAAGGAUGGUUGGGAAUCUUUCGGUGACAAGUGUUACCUAUGGGUAACUGAUACUAAGGACAUGGAUUUUGCUACACAGUAUUGUACCUUGAUGGAUGGAUACAUCAUAUCUAUCAAUUCGGAAGAAGAACAGACGUUUGCUACUUCAAUGCAACUACGUCAUGCUAACGUGCAAUACUGGAUUGGACUCAGUGAUGAAGGCAACAAAGGCACAUUUACAUGGCAAGAUGGGACUGGUAUAACAGACUACGAACAUUGGGAUCUCAAUGAACCUGACCCAGAGAUAUAUCCUGCUUGUGGUAGGAUAAAGGGACCGUACCCGGAUGUAUGGAGUGUGGAUGAUUGUAGUUCGACAAAGAGAUUUAUCUGCGAAAAACCACAAGGUACGUGUGCAGAGGGUUGGAUCCUUCACGGAGGUGAAUGCUAUCAGUUCAACGCGAUAAAGAGAACAUGGAUUGAUGCAAGUUAUUACUGCAGUACCCAAGGGGGGUGGCUUGGUACCAUAUUUGAUGGUGCAGAAAAUACUUUUAUUGCGUCCAAAAUGGGCCGUCUUCAAGACGAAAAUGUUGCCAGAAUGUGGAUUGGAUUCUCAGAUUAUCUCAAUGACAGUAAUUGGCAGUGGGUGCAUGAUACCAGAUCUACGUAUGAAAAUUGGAUUGACCAACCCAUUAAUACUGAAGAUCAAGCAGACUGUACCUACCUUGAGACAGCUGACACAUCUGGUGCAUGGAAUCAAAUGUUAUGCGCAUCCUCUGCUGGGUUCCUCUGCAAGAUAAAAGCUGAAUCCACCGUAACACCUGUGACAGAUCCCGAUAGUAAGUAA